AUGUCCUCGCUUUUUUUACGUUCACGUUUCUUUUUAACUAAAACAAAUAACCCGACAGUUUUCCGAUCUCUAUACCCACGCGAACGUAAUAAUAAAAAUAAUUUAUUAGUUUGUAGCAGCGGCAGCAGCGUUGCAUCUAAUAUUCGUAAGUACGCCUCAGCGUCUCAUGACGACAACGACGAACAUUCGACCGAAGAAACCGCUAAAUUCCCUAAAGAACCAGGAUUUAAUACUCCAUUCUGGCGUAACAGUCUAUUUGUGGUUAUUCUUGGGUUUGCGUGGUAUCACGUCGAUAAAUACAUCACAAAAAAUGGUUUAGAAAGACAUCCAAUAACGGCUCUUGUGGAAUCAUGGAUUACACCAGAGCCGGUUAAUAGACGUAUUCAAAUUGAAUCUAUGCUGAAAAUGGAAGCUCACGCGAAAGAAAGGCUUGAGGUCCAAGAGCUUGAAAAACCAUUAAUUAGACGCAUUCGUUACCCAGAAGCGUUCGAUAUUAAAAGUCCGUAUAAUGUGAUCCCUGGUACUGAAGUCGAUUUAUCGGAUUUGGUAAUACGAAAAGAUUAUUACUGA